AUCACCGGUAAGCUGUCACAAUAUCAGCUUUUUACCUCACAACUAAAAAAUGUGCAAUGAUAAUGCUAUCCCAAACAUGGAAAACACACAUCAGUCCAAUUUAAGCUACUGUAAGGAGUUUUAAACUGGAAAUAUGCUGAGAUGUAGUGUUACCUUUUUCUUAAAGCAAUUAUUACCAUCAGUAAAAAGACCAGUAUUACCUAUGUUGUCAUUUUUAGUGCCUAAUGUCGGUGUUAGAGUGUAGCUCUCAGGCCAGAUGAUGGACAGGAUGCUAAAGUGGUCUGUAUUUUUAGUUUGUCUACAGCAAGUUUUCUACAUGAGUCAAACACUUGCUGUUAAAAAAAACAACUGAAGGUGAUACUUGCUCAAGACAUUACUCACAUGUGUACAGAAGUACAGAGGAAGGUGCAAAAAGAAAGAGAGAGGUGUGACUUUGUUCAGCGGGGCCCCAAAAUCAACACAAACAGGAGCUUUAGAGACAGGCACAACGAAGGUCGAAAAACAUCUUUCUUAAUAAACCUAAUAAAUUAACACAACUGACUUGAUUUGAGCUCCAGUCACCACACACUGCUGUAGAGGAUCAUGUAGGUUAACAUGUUAACCUUCAAGUUCAAGAUUGUCUCAAACAAUGAUUGUUUGUCAUGCUUUGAUUUUGAUGUUUCAACUGUGUUGCAUUUAGGUUGAUUAAUUUACUUAAAUGUGAAAACAUGUCUUUAUUCUGAAAGGACACUCUCAUACUCUGUCCAGUACAUGGUAAGCUACAAAACUGACUGAAAACAGCUAAAAAAAACUGUUAAAACACAGAAGUGUAGAUGUUAAGUGUACUAGCUCUUAUGUCAUUUUGAGGCUCACGAAAUCUUUAAACAGCAACAUUUAAAAAAUGUCUGACCAUCUUUGAACGAGCUGCUACUGGCCGUAUAUUCCAACCUGCAAAAUUCCUGUCGCAUUGUUCGUCAUAAAAUAUAUAGCUAGUUACUGUUGCUUCUUCUUUCUGACCAUUUUACAGCGGUUGGAAACCAGCAUCAUAAACCACUACCACUUCUAACUGAGAACAAAUCAGUUACACAACAUAUUUUUUUGCUUAUUUUAGCCCAACAACAAUAUUCCUCUAGUUAUAAGACAGUUAUUAUUGAAACAAGUAUACAGUGACAGCUUUUUAACAAAUAUAUAAAAUCAAACAUUGUUAGUUUCAAAGUUUUUGCUUAAAUUUUUCUCAGCUUUAAACCUUGAUGGGCCACACCACCUCUUUUAAAUAAACGUAUCUGGAGAAACACAAAAAUACAAUUAAUAGGCGAAUAUAAAUCCAUUUAAACCAGUAGUAACAGUGAUGGACCCAAACACUGAGGCAGAUGUAUUCAGACUGUGGUGUUUGCUAAAUGUGCACACUCCUGAAACAAUUUAUCUACACAUAUACGGGAGUGAGAACUGCUAAACUUAAACAAACUCAAACAUUGGUUGAUAACAAACCAGACAUUUACGGUAUAUAUUCAUGAUAUGUUUUUCUUCUCUAAUGCCUUGAAUAAUGCAGAAUAAUGUCAGUCUGUUAUUUGUAAUGUAACAACUGUGCUCAACAGUUGGAAGGUGUCCUGUAACUGUACAAUUUGACUUCUAUUGUCUAUAAGUAAUUGUUAUGAAGCAGACCCACUGCAUGCAGUGCGGCUAAAAUUCACUUCAAUUCAUUGUGCUGUAAGUAACCACUUCCCUGCAAAAAGCCCUGUGUGGUAAAGUUGUCAGUAAGCAGUGUCGUGAGCGCAACUAGUGGCACCACUUUUUAACUUUCCACUUUGUCAAAGUCAUCCACAUGAUGAAAACAAUGAUACACCUUAAGAGUUAUUAGUCUGAAAUUUCAGGGAAAGCCAUGGGAGUGGUCCCUGCAUCUCCAGGCAGAUUGAAUUCUUGUCAAUGGGUACAUACUCUUUGGACUGUGGAUGACCGUUGGUUAUUGUGCUAGUCCAGGGAUAUCGGUAUUGAUGCAUAAUCUCUGAAAUGUUGUCCAACAUUCAUUAGUUUUGUUGAAUGAACUCAAUUUCACAUGAUAAGCUCAUGAACUGGCCAACUUUUUUAAACUGGUGGUUGGUUUGGUAACUUCUCUCAAGUAGGCAGCAGUACGACGCCUUCUUAUCUGCCAGGUGGGAGGUACCAUAAGUGUGUAACAUCACGAGAAAUGAAUUAAUAUAGAGUGGCACCCCUGCUCUCUCUAACUCACACACAUUCAUGCACACAAACACAGACACACAAUGUCUGUGAUGACUUUUCCUCAAAAAAUGAAUUGAAUUGAAAUGAAUUUAAUGAAACAGGGCUUUGACUGCAUAAAGGAGACAGCAGACAUGAAUCAGACGUUUGCUGAAAGGAGUCAGAAAAAGCGAGAAUAGUGAAAACGAGAGUUUGACAGAACCACUGAAUGAGAGGAGAACAGGAAGAGAGCUAAGGUUCAUCAAGGAAAUGAGAAAAUAAAGGCAGAAGUGGAAGUGGUCGGUGUUAAACAAAGUCACAGGAGGCAGAGCGUCGGAGGGUGUGCAGGAGAGAAUCAUCGCUGGUUUCAUGAACAAACAACACAUUUAAACAGUUUGUAAGAGAAGAAAGUGAUUCAUCUGAUGAGAGACGACAGAUAUUGACAGCAGAGAGCAAGUUUAACUCUUGGUUUUGACUACAGCCACAGCAUGGGGUGAGUAGUUUCUGUACAGACAAUGAUACUGUUCAUCUGAUCAAACUUUUCUCUGCAGAUCAUAUUAACUUUCUCAUAGUGAAUUAUAUUCAUCCUUACGAUUCAAAUUUCACUUUAAUUCUUACUUUAAACCCUGUCACGAGCAGGUGUCUGCAGCCGCUGUUUGUCUGGAGGUGUGUGUGGGAAUAAAAAUGAAAAUAUCAGAGCAGAAGUUUCUGUAUUUGUCAUGGAAGGAACAUAAAGUCAAGUGUGAACAGCCACCUGUUUAGCUGACACUUUUGAUACAAUCUAUCGCAUAAUGAAGUCCAUAUUAGGCAGUGUUGCACUGUGCAUAGGAAGUGGUAGAUAUGUGUACCUUUUACAGGAAGUAAAGGUUUCCCACAGACAACAAACCUCGCAAGAAUUAAAUGAAAAUAUCUCAGUGUUACAAUGUCUAGCAGAGCACAGAGGUAAGUCGCUGUGUUGUCCUUUUGUUACUCUUUUUUGAGGUAUUUUUUUCAAUUAUAAAAGCCACAUAAAGAAUAAAUCUUACAAUGGUUACUGUGAUUGUUUACAGCUGAAUGUAUUUGCAGCAGCUCUGUGCAAAAGCACAGUUGACGUGCUGAUUUGCAGGGGUGUGUCCCAGAUUUUUGACUGGGGUGGCCAAACUGGGGAACUGACUUAAGCAUGGAGUGCAUGCCUACACAGAUGAAUAAAAAGCAUUUGUUUUCCUGACUGCAGUAUUCAUAUCCACUUUGCAAAGUAUACAGACAUUGUAUUCUUAUUGAAUAUUUUGAAGUAAAAUUGUUACACAAGAGAAAAGCACAUUGAGUAUGUUUACAAGGACUUCAGUAUCCUGGUUUACAUCUGGGUUUUUAAGUAUGUUGUUUUUGUGUUUGAGCAUGUGGUAGCCCUUACGCCAAGUCAUGUCACUUUAAAAUUACAGAGAAACAUUACGACAUUGCCAAACAUCAGAACAAAAGAAGGGGCUCUGGUUCAGCAGCUUUCAAAAUUGAACAAAAUCUUAGACAUGACAACAUGAGUCAAUAUCAUCCAUUCCAACUGCACCACAACUUACUUUCAUGCCUCUAAUAUUACAAGAGUGCCGUCCAGACCUGCUCAUUUUAAAGUGACACUUCUGACUUAAAGGUAUAAUGAACGAUUAAUUGAUUAAUCUAUUGAUUGACUCUUGUGUUAAUGUCCAUGGCCUUUUCUCAUAAUCCUGUCAUCUAAUAAUUUCUUCCCAUUUUCUCUCUAAAAGUGAGGUCAGUAUUUGCCAGGUGAGAGCGACAGUCAUGCUGUAUGAUGACAACAGCAAGCGCUGGGUACCAGCAGGAUCUGAUACUCCUGCCUUUAGCCGUGUCCAGAUCUUUCACAACCGCGCCGCCAACACCUAUAGAGUGGUGGGCCGAAAAAUACAAGCAGACCAGCAGGUAGGAGAUAACUGUGCUACUCGUGUAUUUUUGGUCACAAUCACAGUCUUUCUUGUGAAAGGUUGUAUUUGGAUUUGCUCUUUUAAAUAAGAUGCCAGCAAUACAUUUGAAGAAAGUUGGGACAAGAGCCUUUAACACUCUGAAGUUGUUUCAGAACUAAAUAUAGUGGUUUGCUCUUUACAUAGUACAGUUUUAACCUGCAUGUGGAUGCAGCAAGAAUUACGCUCACAGACAGUAUUUUUGAAAGGGAUUUUGAGUCCAUGUGGCGAUUUCCACUACAGACUGUUUUUAAUGCAGUCCUGAAGAUUGUGGCCAUUUAGUAUUGGCUUGAGUCCCUGUCCCUUUUGCACAGAGUUUUUUUUCAGUGUCUCUUAAUCCUUUAAUAAUAUUACUUACUGUAGAUGAUAAAAUCCCCAAAUUCUUUGCCAUUUCACAUAAAAGGAUUUCCCCCAGGGUGUUAUUUUAGCACUACAUAACAGUGGUGCAUCAGUCUGAAUUUUGUGGAAGUUCAGACUAAAUUUGGAAGUUUGGUGGCAUUUGCUUGGUUGAAUUCCUUUACAUUGUGCAAAUAUUAAGUAAAGGGUCAAAAUAAGACAUUUUUCUCUGAGAUAGAUAGACAGACAGAUAGAUAGAUAUAUAGAUAGAUAGAUAGAUAGAUAGAUAGAUAGAUAUAUAGAUAGAUAGAUAGAUAGAUAGAUAGAUAGAUAGAAUUUUAUUGUCUUUGUGACAAGCACAACGAAAUUAAAGACCUCCUUCAAUGUUUUAGUGAGGAAAUUUGUUUGAGACUCUUUCCAUGGAUGCACACAUUCAGAACACAAAUCAAACAUAUUUAAUCUCUGCAGAAAAUACAGAGACAAAGACAAAGUCCUUUCUACACUGAGUCAAUACAGAAGAAACAUAAAUAUAGAGACACUGACUUUUCACGCCACAUACUUAAUUUCUUACAAGUAAAGAGGAAGCUACCUAUUUAAAGCUGUAACUGGUGCAAGACCUAGAAAACUCUUGCAAGAGCAAGUUUUUUUCUUCCGAAAGAGCUCCUCUGCCUAGUCUGUACCUGCAAUAAGAAUAAAGAGAGUGAAGAUUCACAACACAGAUUCUUAGAUAUUGAGUGAAAUAUUGAGAAAACCAGAAUUUGAUGGUUUGAAAAACACAAAACUGAAAGUAGGACAGCAUAUGAUGUUGAAACCCCAAAUUUCUGUUGUUUCAUGAAUAGAGUUUAACAGUGAUGCCAGCUCCACCAUUUUAAAAAGAUGGGACAGGGACAAAAACACAUAAGAAAAAGUUGUGUGGUGCUAAAAAAGAUAAAACACUUGAAGGGAUAUAUUUCAAAUGAACAGAACAAUUUUCAAUAGGUUGGUAACAUGACAUAAAACAGGCGCUCGAGAGGCUGAGUCCCUCAGAAGUAAAGAUAAAACAGGGUUCACCACUCUGUGAGAGACUGUGUGAGCAAACAGAUCAACAGUUAAUUGAAGAAUUUGAGAUUUUAUUGAUGCAGCUCCUGAUAUCAGGGAACAAUUCUGGGAAUCUGGAGAAAUCUAUGUACAAAAUGGACAAGACCAAAGACCUACAAUUGAUGGUCAUGAUAUUUGGGCCCUCAGGCAGAACUUCAUUAAAAGCAGAUGUGACUCAGAAGUGGAAGUCACUGCAUGGGCCAAAAACGGGCUCAGCAUACUGACCCUGAAGCAAUAAAUACACAAUACAGAGAUAAACCAGUUUUUCCUGUUUACUCCAGGUGGUGAUCAACUGUCCUAUUAUCAAAGGGAUGAAAUAUAACCAAGCCACACCAAACUUUCACCAGUGGAGGGAUCCCAAGCAGGUGUGGGGGCUGAACUUCGGUAGUCAGGAGGAUGCUACUCUUUUUGCCACUUCCAUGAAACAGGCUAUAGAGGCUCUCAGUGCACCUGCAGGUAAACACAACGUUUUAACCAGUGAAGUCAGUGAAAAGAAGAUUCUGUAUAACUUUUUAAGCCACUUUUGUAAUUGUGCCUGAUCAUUCCUUUUAAAAAGUCAGCAACUAUUUAAUUAAAAGAUACUGAUUUUGCAAUGAAGAUAAAUCCCCCAUAUAUUGCUUUUUUAAAGUACUCCUUGUUUUUGGCUCAUACACAGCUCCCCCUGGACCCCCUGCACCUGUCGUGGAACCACAGAUAAGGUAUGCUUACUUAUACUCACUUUUGAUUUGACCACUGAGUGUUGUUCUAUUUCCCUACAAGGCAACAGACUGAAACUGACGCCUUUUUAUGACCUUCAAAAGCAAAUGAGACCAUCAGCUACAAGGCUGAUCAUUUCUCACUUUUUUUUAAAUGCCUGAAACUGCUGUGAGGAGGUAGGUGUAAACCAGAUAUUAGACAGCAGGCUGAAGAAACAUCCUUUUUUCACUUAUCUCCAGCGUGUGAAACAUUUCUCUGUUAAAAGAAACCACAGUGAUAAACUCUACUUCCACAUGUCCAGAACAAGAUUCAAGAGGCAUCAGUUUGUCCACCAGGGACACCAAAAUCUACACAAACUAAAAGUUUCUCACAGCAGCUUUAUUUACUUGUUUUGAAGACAUUUGUGAAGAAGACAGUGCUUUACCUUUUUCAUGAAAAGUUAAAAAUGAAUGAUUUUGGGUGAACAAUCAUCUUUAAGCAGCUGGAGCCUGUGUCCGUCUUCCUUGACUUUGCCAGUCUAAAAAUAAAUCAAAACAAAUUUUAAUUAUGAUUUACAUUUGCCCAGACAAGAGUACCAGAGCCAACCAGAGCAGGCCUAUACUAGCACCCCGUCCUCUCCUGCCUCCCAUGGACCACCGGCCCCAGCGGCACCCCCGCCACCUGCAGCACCUCCAUGCCCAUCUGCACCUCCAGCUCCCCCUCCUCCUCCCCCAGGGGGCGCAGCUCCACCAGCACCAGCACCACCAGGGGGAGGAGGAGGAGGAGGUGGUAAUAGAGGUGGUGGAGGGGCAAGCGAUCUGGCUUCAGCACUUGCAGGCGCUAAACUGCGUAAAACUGCUGCUGCGGUAAGAUAGAUAUUUGCAGUUGUGUCUUUGUGCAAUGCAUCUGUGCAAUUACCAUGGUAGGCCUUUUUACUAACUAUAAUAUUUGGAUUGUUUAAAAAGAACUGGGCACACUGAUGGUUGGUCUUAGUGUCUGGUUUGUGACCGUCUGUUAUUGUAAAUCCUGGUCUUGCUUCCUUGUGUGUCUAGCUCCCCCCUCUAAACAAGUUUACUUGAUACCCCAACAAAAGUAAGAGGGUACAGUUAUUUAGGGACCUUUCUCAACUCGUGAUGAUGUAAAUGUGAAUAAUCAUGUACCCAACACAACUGAACUAAACUGGACUGUUAAACUGAAAUACUGUUCAUGGGGCAAAUGUAUUAACAAGGGUUGUUUUUGUGUACCAAGGAUGACAGAGGAGGGGCAACCCAAGACUCCAAACCCGCACCAUCAUCUGGUGGAGGUGGAGGUGGAGGUGGAGGUGGGGGUCUAAUGGGAGAAAUGAGUGCUAUUCUGGCCAGGAGGUAAGGUUUUAUUAAAAGUAGACUUAAUUUACUCGUUUUUACCAUCUAUUAUGUCAGUCUCAGACACCUAUGGAGUAUCUUAGUAUAACUUGCAGCUUUACUUUGGCUGCUUUUCCUCUUUCUCUUUCAGUUACAGCUAAGAUCAAAACCUAGUAUUUACCAAGUGAGGAAGCAAGCUUCCAAUGUUGUAACUUUCUACGUUUAUAGAUCAGUAUGAAAGACCUCCUUAAAGAAAUAAAAGAGAUGAUAUUUUUUCUUGAUACUCUGAUACUCAAGACUUCUGGGUAUUCACAAUGUUACCUGUUUUUACAGGAGGAAAGCUGCCGAUGAUCCUGCCACAAAAAAAGCAGAACCUUGUAAUGUAAGUUCAUUGAUGGUUAUAGAUUUCCUCAUAUUUUGCUGAACUUUUUAGAAAAUGAAUUUCCAUUUAAAAUAAAGAGCCAUAUUUUAAGAUAACAUAAUUAAAAGGUAAAUACUUCAAAUGUGUCUACAGGAGGACUCUGAUGGCUCAAAAUCAAGAUUUUCAGGACCAGAUGGUGAGUUAUGUUGUUCCAUCAGUCUAGAAUGUUUACUAAACAGAAAACAAAUGAGCUAAAUCUGCAUAUGUGUUAACUUUUAAUCUAUUUACAGGAUUUUGUUAAAUGACAAGUUAUGAUGUAUUCUUCAUCUGAAAAUUGCCCCACAAAUAUUUUGGCAUCUUAUAUCUUUUCACUCUCGUGGUAUUGGGACCUAUUAUAAAUUUCUGUGGUCAAAAUGAAAGAAAGAAAAGAGUUUUCUAACAGAAAUGUAACAUUUAAAUAUGUUGAAUCAUACUUUAUCAGACAGGAAUGAAAAGGUGAAAGACAAACCUGCUGGAUUUCCAAGGUAGGUUCCCUCAAUCAAACAAUAUCCACUUAAUUCAUUGAUGCAUUUUCUUAUAGUUUACAGACCUUUAUCAUCUUAGCUGCUUAAUAACCUCUGCCACCAGCAGUGUUAAAGAAAAAUAUGAAUUUUGCUUUUUACUUUGUAAUUUCCAGGGAAAUGUGGUUGAUUUAAGUUAUCAGUUUUUUGGUGGCUUCCGUUAAUUUAGACAAAAGAUUGAUUUAAAUUUAGUCAGUGUUUGUUUAAGUGUAACUUUCACGGAUGGUUUUAACUUUUUUAGACAGUUAAUGAAGAUAUUUCUCUUGGUUGUGAAAAUUUCAGGUUUAGUCCUGGCUAUAAAUGGGUCUCUUACUUGGACUUCUUCCUAUCUUCCUGUCAUAUUAAAAUUGAUGUCACCGUUAAUAAUAUUUUAACAACACAGAUGUCAUGCUAAAUACGUGAAGCUUCGUUAAACUGAAUUAUGAAUAACUCAGGGUACUCGUAUAUGAGUGUUGAGAGUCAAUAACUCAUGGUUUAGAAGAGGUUGGUAUAUGUUUAGGGUAAGGUAGCUCACUAAUGAUCUGUGAAUGGGGUAUAACAUGCUAAUCACUAAAAGGUAUUCUUUUUAGUUGUGCUGCCUCAUCAAAAUGUCACCACUUCUCAAAUACAGUAAUGUAAAAGGACAGCAGCAUUUAAGGACACCUUUCUCAGCAGUGAUCGCUGUAUGUACAGUUGUUUGGUCUUGCCACCAUAGGCCUUCAAGUGGUGGAUGCUGCCAUCUUGGCUAUUUACCAACAAGCUCCAAUUUCAUCAUUUUAAGAUAAAGGAUUGUGACUGGUUCAGUUUAUCUGACACCAUGGGGGAAUUGUUUCAAAUGAUCAGACCCACAUGCCAGAGACAAUGAAAAUGAGCUGGCUGAUGGGUCUGGGAACACCAGGCUAUGAAAGACCCUUCUUGAAAACAAGAACUGCACUGCCUCAAUUAUGGAGAGUCAAAGAAGAGCACAGCUCAGCUAUGUCAUUAACCACUUUGUCUCUCUAAAUAUAUGGGAAUCUACAAGCAGAUUAGACAAGUAGGGGGAUAUAAGGUUGGAUAGGUGUUUUGGUAUACAGGCAUUUGAUUCCACUGAAAUGAAAAGACAGACUUUAACAGGCUGGAAACAGCUGUAAAUUAUACACCUCUUUCUUCUCUUGUUUCCAACAGACCCAAAUCCAACAGUCAAAAGGACUCCACAACUUCUUCAACCUGUAACUCCCCAAGUGCCUCAGCAUCCAGGUACCAAUCCCUCUCUUUUUUUUCUGUUUUUCAGCCUUCUUCCGAACCUAACUUCUGGUUCAAAAUUUUACCUCUUAGUGCUUCGGUCAAUAAGCUGUUUUCAGUAUGAACAUGUCAAAACUCUGCUCAACCACCCCUGCUGCUUUUGUCAUAAGUCUUCCACUUGCAGACGCUUCACUGUAACAAAUAAGACACCUAGCGUGUGAUGGUUUCCAUCUGAAAGUACAAACCACAGCAACCGAAACUAAAUUUGAAGCUGCUAUUAUGAUUCUGAACUUCAUUCUGACACCCUGCAUGCGCACUCACGAGCCUUGUACGCUUUUAGUUGUUGACAAAAUAUCAGUGAAAAAACUAUGUGCUGCACUUGUGUGAUAAAUUAAAGUGAAUACAAGCAACAUUUAGGAACUCUUACUCCUUGAUGCUAUGCGCUGAUACUUUUCCUAUAAAAUAUAUUGUGUAAAAAUACAGGACUUGCUUUGUUUCUCUUGUGUCAGUGCUUUGAAAUUAAUAGAAAUAUUGAUUACUUUUCAUAGUUUUGCCAGUAAAACAGGACCGUCCUUAUCUUAUGGAGUUUAGAUUUACUGUGUGUUGAUAUGAAUCUGUUUAUUUCAGGAUCAAAUCUUCGCCAAAAGGCUCUGAUGGUGUGGGAAGUAACAUUAAUAUGGAACAAAUCAAACAGGUUGGUUUCUCCAUUUUUGUGAUGACACAGCAGUCUUACACAACUCAACUGUCAUUCAUGCUCCGGUGUGACUCUACAAAGAGUGAAUUUUAAUAAAUUAAACCUCUCAUGCAAAAUUAUUACAGCAUUGGACAUCUAUUUUAAGAUUUCUUACAAAGGCAGGAUUUUCAAUGCUGCAACCCACUGGUCUUUGCAAGUUUAGCAGGAAUUUCUCAAAAUCAAGAAGAAGAAAAAGCAUAGUAAAGCAUAAAAACACUUGAAAAUGAACAGAGAUGCCAAAAUGAAGAACUUUUAUGACAUGAUAUAUGUUAUUCCCAAUUCAUCAUCUUUGCAAAGAGUACUGUCCAAGUGAAACUUAUUAUGUUUGAAGUCAAAGCUCUCUGGCUCCGUCCCUGUUGUGUUAAAUUACUGAAUAAAUGUUUCAGGCUUUGAAAGCUACAAGUUUACUAAAAGACUGAAUAUGCAGCUGAGUCAGAUUAAAAUUAUUACUUUUAUCUGUUUUAUGAAGGAAAUUGUGGAAGAGGUGAAAAAAGAACUUCACAAAAUAAAGGAUGAGAUCAUCAAGGGUGAGUCCUAUAAAUCUGUGUGCCAUUAUAUGCUGUUAUGAAGUUGGACAGAGAAGUUAUUCAGGGCAAGAGAUUUACUUGACUUUUCUUUUUCAGCAAUGAUUGAGGAGCUACGAGGUGCACAGCCUGAGUGAAGGGCAUCCCAAAGAUGGCAGAGUGAAUCAGGAAAAUAUUGAAGAGAUGUGAAUUUUUUCAACAUGCAAUGCUCAGGAAUUUUUAAGUUUUUUUGAAUAUUUUUUUGUCUCGACAGACUCUUACAAUAAUACAAAAAGUUGAUACUCAUUUUAUUCAGUGUGAUUAAAAACAUCUCUAUUUUACAAAAUAAAUUUCACUUUCAUAUUUAAUUAUUAGAACAUUUGAAAGUAGAUUUUUUUAGUCACUUUAUCUAACCUGCAGUAUGUUUUCCUGCAGAGACCAACGGAAACAAGAACACAGUCAGAAAAAUAGAAUAAAGCAAACAUGAUGUAACAUCACAGUUCUCUAGUACAUAAAUCAAAUGGUUUUAAAUUGGCAAAAGUACCCCUGACGUCUCUGAACAACAACUUUUUUCUUUUGUAUAGCUUUUUUUUUUUUUUUUGCACAACAGAAGGAGGCUCUUGUAUCAAACUAUAAAAGUGCUUUCCUUUUAACUUAUUCACAUUUAGUUGGUUUAUCUUCAGUCACACAUUCUACUUCUGCUGACCUGUUUCCUCUGUCUCACUUCAGAUGUGGUGCACGUACAGACAAACUAGAUCAAAAAUACCCAUCAGAAAUUCUACCACGCAGAGCACUGCUACGAGCUCAGCUGUCCAGCCCAGCUCUCCUUCUGUUAGAUUCAUGUGCUGUUAAGCCAAUUCAUGUGUUCCUAUCUGCAGAAGGAUAAUUAUUGCUCAGUGAUUUAUCCUUGCUUACUGCAAUAGUUCACUUGACUGCAUAAACAUUGUUCGCAAAAUAAAAAUUUCAUGACCACUCACAA